AUGGCCUGUUUUUUGGCUGGGAGAAGGGUCGCUCUUCGGGCGUUCGGCGGCUUGUUGCAGCGAGAGUCGCUUCAUAAGCCCUGGGGUGUCAACCCAGGGUAUCUGUACAAUGCGCCAGAUGAUCGAGAUAGCAGCUUUCUCACACAGGCGCAGAUGUCGUCCAUCAAAACAGUCGAGUUUGCCGAGUGGCUGGGCACGUCACGUGCAGCCUGGCAUUGGCCGGUCAAGCUUCAUGUGGCGUCGGCACUAGCUGCUCAAUCCGGUCCAGUGCUGAUGCUUCGGCACCGCUCCAACAAAGCAUGGCAAAAGCUUGACUUUGGUGAUGAUGACGCACCAUGCAAAAGACUGGCAUCCGUGGCUGGAGAAGACGACGCUCUGUUCGCAGGCCCCAAAUGCACGACGACCAUGGGCCGAGGAGGCUUUGUUCUGUUAUCUGAUGCCGCGGCCGCACAACCUCCUCCGGAUAGUGAGUGA